GCAUCACAUUCUCUGGACAUCGGACACAAGUGCUCUCUAUGGCUCUUCAGGUCCUGGGAAUCACUCUGUCAAUGAUUGGCUUUGUAGGAACUAUUAUCAUCUGUGCCCUGCCCAUGUGGAAGGUGACCGCCUUUAUCGGCACAAACAUCGUGGUGGCGCAGGUCUUCUGGGAAGGACUGUGGAUGACAUGUGUGCACGAGCGCACCGGUCAAAUGCAGUGUAAGCUGUAUGAUGCCCUGCUGGAUCUGGACCCUCACCUGCAGGCAGCACGUGGGCUAGUGGUGACCACCAUGGCUUUGGCCUGCCUGGCUUUCCUCAUCUUCCUGGUUGGGGCUGAUUGCACUAACUGCCUAAGUAACCCUCGUGCCAAAUCUCGGAUUGUAGUGGUGUCUGGGGUUACCUUUAUGCUUUCUGGACUGACUACAUUGGCACCUGUGUCCUGGACGGCCGACUCCAUUAUCAGAGACUUUUAUAAUCCCUUAGUGCACGAGGCAUUAAAGAGAGAGAUGGGAGCAGCUCUCUAUGUAGGCUGGUUAACAGCAGGGUUUCUGUUUGUUGGUGGAGUGAUACUCUGCACAAGCUGUCCACCAGAGCGAGUCAACUAUUCACCAAGAUAUACCUUAACAAAGACAGGCACCCACAGCAGCUAUGCCAUAAAGAACUAUGUUUGA